CACCAUUGAAAUCGCCGAGCAUGGUGGCCGGGCGGACGACCAAGAAGGAGACCGACGUCGAGAGCUUCUUCAAGCGCAAGCUGCCGCGGGCGUCAGCAGGUGACGCAACCGCCCUCGUCUUGAUCGAGGAGCACGAAGCCGCGCUCGGCGCCGGGCGCGUGCUACUGGAGCACGCUGCCACGCUCGUGGCCGAGGCCGCUUCACUCCGCGUCCUGCGCAUCCAGCUUGAGACGUACAUGGCGCCACGCACGCGCGACGACGACGACAACGACUGCGUCGUUGAGGUGCUCAACUUUACCGGCGACCUUGGCGGCUGGCUCGGCGACGCGAUGGCCAACGUCCUCGCCAGCGUCACCGCGGCCACUGCGCAAAGCGCGACGCCCGUGCUCCUCUUCCUCGACUCGCUCACGCCGUUGCUGCAAGCCGGCUCGUUCCACGCUGCGCUCCAGUCGCUCCGAACGCUCCUCUCUCUUGCCAACGUCGUCGGCCUCGUCGCUCGCUACAAUGCGUCGCUGCAUCCCAAGCACGUUGUCCACGCCCUGCGGGCGCAAGCGACGGCGUUUCUCUUGGUCGAGACGCCCGCGUCGAUCGCCGCGUACCAUUUCCUAUCGAAAGAAAGCAAGCGCACCGUGCCUUCGACCAUGGACGGCGUCAUCGUCUUCCUCCGCAAGGUCAAGAAUGGCACGUCGACCGAGGCGACAGACUGCUUUCGGCUGCCGCCACGUACAACGCAUGGCCCGUGCAUGACGCUGUUCUCUUGGGACGAUGCCAUCCAUGAAGCCAAGCACUUGGCCGAGCCGGCCACCUCCUCGAGCGCUUCUUCUGACGCGCCCGACCUCGUGUCGACGCUUGCGCCCGACGUGAGCUUCAACUUGCGCAUCUCCGAUGCCGACCAAAAGGCCAAGGACCAAGUCCAGCUGCCCUAUAUGCAAACGUCAGCAUCGUCGGCGGGCGCACCCAAAGCCGCACUCUUUUACAUUGACGAAGACGACCCGGACUGGGACGACGACGACCUCGACGACGACCUCGACAUUUAAUGCAUAUACUUUGUGAUUACAGUUAAAGGAUGGAAGGGUUGCGCGACCGGGACUCGAACUGGC